GCCGGGCCGAGCCGAUCGGAGCCGAACCGGGCCGAGAGCGCUGCGGCUGUGGACGGGCGGAGCGGCUCGGCCCCCCGCCCCUACCCCGACCCCCGGAGCGAGGCGGGGGCCGCAGCCAUGCCCCCCGGUGAUUGAGGCCCGCGGGGUGCCCGCAGCAUGAGGAGGGUCCGGCGCUUGGUGCACCUGGUGCUGUUCUGCCCCAUUUCCAAGGGCCUGCAGAACCGCCUUCCAGGCAUCAAGGUGAAGUACCUGCUGGUGGUGUGGCUGGGCAUCUUCGUGGGCAGCUGGGUGGCCUACAUGCAUUACUCAUCCUACUCUGAGCUCUGCCGUGGCCACGUCUGCCGGAUGAUAAUCUGCGACCAGUACAAGAAAGGAAUCAUUUCUGGCUCCACAUGCAAAGAUCUGUGUGAGGAGCACAGCCUCCGCUUCCAGCACUGCCUGUCCUCCUCUCCCACCCAGCAGGUUUACAUUGGGCUCUGGAAGGAGAAAGAGGUGAUCAUCAAAUGCGGCAUUGGAGAGGCCCUGAAGGCAGAUGGGAACCCGGACUCCGUGCCCAGGAGGGAUGUGGUUCUCUUUGACAAACCGACUCGAGGGACAUCGAUGGAUGAGUUUAAAGAAAUGCUGCUGAACUUCCUCAAGUCCAACCUUGGAGAUCAGACCUCUCUUCCAGCCUUGGUGAGCCAAAUCAUCACCAUGGCAGACGUGAACCGGGAUGGGAAGGUGUCUUUAGCAGAGGCCAAAUCCAUUUGGGCGCUACUUCAGCUCAAUGAGUUUCUUCUCAUGCUCUCCUUGCACGAGAAGGAACACACUUCCAAGCUGCUCGGGUACUGCGGGGAUCUCUACAUCACGGAGAAGAUCCCUCACAACUCCCUCUAUGGAGCAGACAUCCCUGCCUUCCUGCAGUCACUGCUGCCUGCUGCUGCCCACCAGCUCAUCCACCAGUGGUUUGCACCAGCCUGGCCCCGACGGGCCAAGAUCACCAUUGGGCUGCUGGAGUUUGUGGAGGAGAUAUUCCACGGGACCUAUGGGAACUUCUACAUCUGCGAGACCAGCUCUAGGAAUGUGGGUUAUAAUGAUAAAUACGACUUCAAGAUGGUCAACCUGAGGAAGGUGGCGACAGAGAUGACAAUCAGAGGGUUCCUCAAAGGGCGUCACUGUGAGCAGAACGUGGACUGCACCUAUGGGAAGGACUGCAUGGCCACUUGUGACAAGCUCAUGAAGCAGUGCAAAAGUGACAUGGUGCAGCCCAACCUGGCCAAGGUCUGCGGGCUGCUGCAGGACUACUUGCUGUAUGGGGCACCGCCUGACUUGAAAGAGGAGCUGCAGAAGCAGCUCCGAACUUGCAUGACCCUGAGCGGCUUGGCCAGCCAGAUGGAAGUGCACCAUUCUCUUGUGCUGAACAACCUCAAGACCUUGCUCUGGAAGAAGAUAUCCAACACCAAAUAUUCCUAAUGGGGUCCAGAGUUUAGAAUCUGAAAUCCCAAAGUUCAGCCAAGGCUCAAAGGCCUGCUUCCUCAUCCUCUCCCCUGCAGGAAAAAAUACACCCUACCCAGGGAGUUCAGCAUAGCUGCAGCGCCUUUGCUUCCAUGAAAAGCCAAACAUCUCGACUUCCACCACCCAGCAGGAUCGUUGGUUGUCUGCACUGACAGCUGUGAAGCCGGGCUGAACAAGUCUGGGGGAAGGAGGAGGAAAGAGAAGGAAGCAGAGCCCAGCUGGAUGCAUCUGCUUCUUGAUUAACAGGAAAGCAGUGCAGAAAAGAUGAGAAUGAAUCAUUCAUGCUGUACUUGUCACAUCUUAUUUUGAUGAACAUCUCUGAAGUAAAUAAAGAGCUUUUACGUGAAUCACACCACUACAUCAAUAGCAAAACAACAGCCUUUUAAGUACCAGCAUUCUUGUGAUCUAAAAAGAAGGAUGAAAAAAAGGUAGAUUUUCAAUUCAGGAAGUCCCUCCUUAAGCAUCUGAAUCAUCUACCAUGAGAUCCAGCCACAGCUUAGGAAGUGGAUAAGCUGCCUUUUCCACAGCAGAGAAUCCUGGCAAUUGUUUCACUGCUUUUUGUUUAAGUGCCUGACCCAUGACAGUGAUACGAUGGCUUUGGUGAGGAUCUCCACCCAGCUGCUUCUGCCUGUAGUGUCAAACUGUCUGCCAGCAGGUACACGGGCCAUUUCCCCUUCACGUGCCAAGUUUGGAAGCACAUAAGGCAAGAAGAGCUUAAAGGAAACCUAAGGGCUACAACCAGAUUGGUUCUGACCAGCUACCAUAUAUUCUCCACGUGUUACUUCCCACAACGUUCAAUCACACACAAGGAUAAGCCAACCUUUCAGUUUAAUGCUCUAAGCUGGGUCACCACUGCAGAGGUUAAAGAUUAAUGCCAGAAUAAUCCACUUCUUCACCCAUUAUCCAAAUGAAUUUCCAGAGAACCUCUCAGCAGGUAACAUUUGCUUGGCUGUGUAAAUACUGCAGCUCUUUACCUGCUCUCUGUUUCCUUUCAAUGCUCUCUUGCAGCAACCUUUCAAAACCUUCAGGUAGGAGAGGAAGAGUUUAUGCAGAUGACCUCAAGCGUGCUCGGUUCCCAGCACUGUUCCCAGCACUGUUUCUGCUGGCAGUGUAUGCUGCUGCUCCUGCCAACAAUUGCUUAGCAAAGUGGAGCAUAUAUCUGAAGUACAGUCACUGAGGGGGAAAAAAAAGAAUACAUUUAAACAGUAUAUAUAUGGUCUGUGGAGGUAAUCUGCAGUGUCACAGCUGCAAAAUUAUGGGCCCUUUGGAGGAUAAAUAUCAGCAUUUCCUUCUAUUAGUUCUAUAGGAUCAUCAUUACCUCUCACUAUUAUUUAUGAAGGAUAUGUUUCAGUGUCAACAGCGCUCUAAAUCUAGCAGGGAGCUAGCACAGCUUGCUCCCUGCAAAGGAGUCAGCUCCACAGCAUCAUUCAUCUGUGGGAAGGCUGAUCAUUUGUACAAUUCCUGUGUGUUUGAAAGGUUGCAAGUCAUUCAGUCUGUUGGAGCCAGCCACCCAUAAUGCAGUGGUGAUACUCCACCUCCAGGCACUGUGCUGCUAAAUGCAGGGACAGAUCCCUGUGCCAGCAUGGAAAGGCUGUUUGGUGGGGAGGGAGGGCAAGGAUUGGAGUUCUUUCAGUGAGGCUUCACAUAGCUAUGCCCAGCUCCAUGCCUGUUGUCCCAUGGCAACUAGUUCCACUGACAAGAUCAUUUCCCUCUGCUAUGAGCAACAAAAACCUAACAACCAUACCAAAUCUCAUUUACAAGAAAGCCAUUUUUCACCCUUCCAUCUAUUCCAAACCUUAAACUCUGCUCUGACAAAUGGCACUCCUACUUCAUUUCAUCCCCACUGCUCCCCUCCCCAAAAGCUAUUACAUAAAGCAGCAGGUAAGCAACUAGAGAUGGACAAAAACAUGUAUUCUUUUCUUGCUUACCUACAUCACCAUAAAUACCAUCUUCAGGCAUUUACAAUGAGAAAUUGUUCAGGAAAAGACAGCCCAUGUACUGAAGGGAAAUAGCUCAGACACUUUAUUCAAAUAAAAGACUUUUGACAAAACCCAGGACGUUAACGUGUUAUUAUUCUGCAUUCCCCAUUACCAGCACUGGACAGGCACCUGGGAUUCAGACUUACCUAUGACUCACACAUCCCAAGAGCACCAAGUUUCAUCAUCACUAACACAAUGCACAAGUGUUUUCAAACAAGUGAUUAUGGUUUACGAGCUGCAGUACAACAUGGAAGAGAAAUGACUCAAGGCAAAGCUAUUUUACAUUGUAACGCCUCCUCCCAACUUUCCACAUUAACUGGAAAAGGAGCAAGAGCCAGAACACUGAAAGGCUGAUAACCCAACAUGAACAGAUGCUGCUGCUUUAGCAGUGCAAAAGGUUUAAGUGCUAGAAGGGGAAUGAGGUAGGAAGCAAGCUUACAAACUUUAUUGUUUAAGGUUAAAAAAACAAGAAUCACAAUUCUCAUAUCCACA